AUGGCCGCCUACGAUCCCGAGGAGAAGGCUUGCACGGUCGUGCUACACGAUGACCGCGUCUCGCAGGUUGAUAUUCUGGCGGGCCAGAGAGUGAUGCAUAUGGGAGAAGUUGCGUGGUUGUCAGCAGCAGGAGCCAAGACAUUAUGCAUCUGUCCAGCCGGGCUAGCCACCAACUCACAUGAAAUCUCGGUGCACAUUUCACUUGCUCAACGAUUUGGCUUUGAGAACCGCAUUCCCGGCCGUGUCCAGCUCAUUGAAGAUGUCGAUGCAGCUACUGCAACCCACGCCGAAAUGGUCUUUCGCGACCAGUAUCUAUCCCGAGCUGACAUGUGGCAGUUGAUGGGGCGUCUUCAAAAUACCGUCCUCUACCGCGGACAAGUACUCAACUACCUUGGAACUCCCACGGCCGAGGUGAAGCACAUUUACAUCUCUGGUGAGGAGGUGGAGUCAGGCUACAGCACCCAUCCGUACACGAAACCAAUCUUCAGAAGUGGUAGUGCACGAUAUACGAUUCUCGUCGAAAUCUCCCAAGAGAUGCUCUCGAAUUGGAGUCAUGGGGAACUGAUGUACGAACGAUUGGUGAAUGGAUUUCUUCCCGAGCUAUUCGGGCGAUGGAACGCGCUCAAAGUAAAGCACCAGGUGUCGGUGAUUCUCUUCGGACGUUCUCGAAUGGUCGAUGCGAAUGUCAAGAAUGGUUCGCAUGUUGUCGACCAUGGGGAGGACUUCUUCCAUGUUCUUGUAUCCGAGACGAUGAGCUCGUCGUGGUCACAGAUACUGCGCAAGCUUAAACAGGCUUUCAACGAUCGCACACUAUCGAGAUCAGUCUCGCUCGCCGCCGAGAGUAACAUGUUGGAAGCCAUCCAUCUGACUGCACUGGACUUUUCGGAUGAUCAAUCCGACACUCAUCUGAUGAGUACGGGCRCUUCCAUCAUCGCAGUCACAGCUGGGACCGGGCUGUUUGAUGCAGAUCAUACCGUGUUGAAGCAGACGACAGAUCUCCUCGUGGGUAACAGCAUUGGAGUGGAUAUUGUUGCUCUUUCGCCGAAGCCAUUGCACCCAGUACCAUUAUUCAAAUAUGACCACAAUGGCACCACGGAGUAUGCGCUACCACACUGGGUGGACAUCUCAUUUUGGAAGGGACAGUACGAUACGUGCACAUCCACCUGGACUCUACCACGUACCGGAGAGCCGGUUGACGAUAUCGCAAUACCUCUACUGAAAGAUUCCGGCCACACCCCCUUUGACGUGAGCAAGAUGGAUCUGCAGGACGCGCAGACAUUCCACAUUCAAGGACCCUCCACCAAGGACGCAUUACGUACCAUUUUCCCCGUGCAAGAAGAUCCGGUCGGCUCGGCGGAGACUAUGAGAGGCGUGGCACCGGAUCAACGUGCCACGAGGAGGCCUGCUCUAAUGCCAGACUUCGUACCGGCAGAUACUUCCAAGAUCAGCCCUUCUCCAUCCGCGUCGAAAGAACCCCUGAACCGAGCAAAGAGGCAACCGCUCCCACCUCAUCCAUUGAUGAUGUCUGGCCGCAAGAUUAGCGUUGGGCCCAAAGGUCUGGCACUCAGCAGAGGUGUAGCGAGUACUGCAGUCUCUUCUAUGCAUGCACAAGACGAGAAAGAAGUGAGCCAUGCCCCUCUAAACACCCUCAACGAUACAUCCAGCGUUGCAAAGGCAAUUAGAGCAUCCCUAGCACGAAAGCCCUCUCAAGCAAGUCUGGUAUCACACAGAACAAGCGAGUUUGAGCAGCCUUUGUCAAAUCUGUCCAAACCUAUUGACAUACAACCGCCUCAUUCACAUGAUGAUUUGGCGAGCAUUGUGGAGCAAGAGAUUGCUGGUACCAUGGUCGGCGGUGCGUUGGAGCAUGACACGUCCGUCUCAACAACCCCCAAAGCCAGGAGCGAAAUGCACUAUCGGCAGAAGCGAGGAUCUGUGAAUGAAAGCCUCGACAUGAUGUCACCGUGGGUGAUGCUUCUAAACCCAUGUAAUCCGCGCAAGGACAACAUGCGAGUGGCAAGUCAGUAUCGAAAGUGGCAGCAUGUCUUCCCGCGUGCGAUUAGCUCGGGAUCCUUCAAGUGGGCUUCGAUGUGUUCGCCUGCCGCCUUACCUCUGACAGCAGAGUAUAGGCCAUCCGCGGCUGAGCUGAGUACUCAUUACCGUACCAAGGUUCGCCGGCAUGUCAUCUCCAACUCCUCGGGGCUGCGGGAUGAAACGGCGAAGAACUUGAUUGAAAGACUCAUUGACAUACGUUUGAUCAGAGGCUUUCAAAUAGUCGCCAUCAAGAAUAGUGGAAGUGAUGCAACAUUCCAAAGCAAUGAUCGUCCCAUUCUCAUGGCCCUUGGUCGGAGGUAUCACGAGCUCCAGCGGUUCUCCGACUUUGAAGUGCAGAUUGUACAGUACGAGCCCAACGCUGGUAUUGGAAGCGAGCAGAACGGAGCCAAACAUUACACUACGUCAUACGAGCCCAAGAUGCGAAUGCUCACUGGUAUUACGUUGAAAUCGGAAGUCACAUAUCAUUCAGAGCCUCCCAUUGCUGACUGGACCGCACUCGAUGAGCACAUUCUCGGACUUGCAGGAUUGCCCGACUUUAGAGCUACUUUCCAAGUACGGCUAGUCUUGAUUCCAGUCGAUGUGACCAGAUCAGACACCACCACUCAAAGUCGGCUGGGAGGCCUCUCUGAUGAGGAGAGACGUAUUGAGGGUAUCCAGCGUCUCACACAGACCUGGCAACGUCAGCGAUACUUUUCUGCAGCGGACCAGCAACACCAAAUUUCCCUCACAAAGACCAAGUUGGUUACAACUACCCAAAGAGACCCCAAUCCAUUGGCGAUUGAGUACCAAACACGAGACCCGAGUGUUGUGGUCAAUGCACAUGGACCGAUACUUUCCACCCAGCUGGAAGAAGGGGAAAUAACAACGCCUCUCUUCGCCGAGUCUGAGAAGCACCAUAGCAGUAAUUUUGAUGUGGCUAAGCUGGCCAGGCAGAUGCAAGAAUCGCCACCCUACGGCGUUGAGAUGAGAGAUCGUAGAUGGCUGACUUUGACACAUUUCAAGUGUUUUCGGGGAGAUGAGAUGACCACUUGGUUGCUGGGAGUUUUCAAAGAUCUGGAGUUACGGGAGGAUGCCGUUGCAGUCGGCAACGAGCUCAUGAACCGGGGCAUCUUCAAUCAUGUUCGGCAAAAGCACAAGUUUAGGGACGGCCACUAUUUCUAUCAAAUCAGCGGCGCUCACCGCACGACGGAAUAUCCCGAUACCCAGAGUGUUUUCAGUAAGGUGGCCUGGCGAUCUGUCCCGGCGAUGCCCAUGUCAGAGACCAUCAGCUCUCCCCAAAGUCGACCCGUGAGUGGGAUCAGCGCAAUGAGUGCAAUCAGUGGCGACUCGGCGGGAUCCACCUCCAGUAGGGGCACUCCAGUGACCGGGCCUGUGGAUCCCAAAGAAAUACUGCUCAGCCAAGUCAUGCAGUACAAUGUCGAUCCGCAGAAGAAGUCUGAUCACCUGCAGGUCAUUGACUUGCACUAUGAUCGUAUCCACAACCCUGAGAAUUGUUACCACAUCCAACUUGAAUGGCUGGGCGCUUCUACAAAGCUGAUUCGCGACGCCAUUUCUCGUUGGUCUGGAGUGGUGGAUGGCUAUGGAUUACGUCUGGUCCAGCUACCACUGCAAGAGGCCUCCAGGUUUAGAGAGCACCAUCCCUUUGAUCAGCCUCUUCCAAUUCAUCUCGCUGUGAGGCCACCGGAUAAGAUCCUAGCUACCCCUCUGAUGGAGCCUCACACUCAAGUCCCACGGACGGUGGAGGAUCGUCAAUGGUAUCAUAAAGGUAUCCUCAAGAAGCGCGACUUUGUUCUGGAUCUCGAAGCGGCAACAACCUUCACCUCCAAACUCCACGUCCGCUAUUCUUGGGGACAACCAACUUAUGCACACACCCAAUUUGUACACAAGUCAGGUCUGAUGCUUGCACAAGUACUCGCCGACGAGAACGGGGACUUUCUCCUCCUCCCCAAUCGUCUCGCUGCAUCUAGCCGCCUGUCAGGAUCGACAAAAACCGCAGAGUGUACAGAAACCGUCGAGACCAUCACCAAAGGAUUCAAAGCCUUUUGUCGGAAUGAGGAGGCAUUACGAAAUCUGUACAGCGAAAUGGACAAGCCUAAGAUGCCUGCUCCAAGUCCUCUGGUGCAGUCCUCUUUGGCGCAGGAUCUUGAUGUGCCUCCUAUGCAAUUGCCACAACACUAUUUACAGAGAACGCAGACCCGGCAGUGA